AUGGGGCGAGAGACCCCUCAGCUGCUGCAGACGCUAGCGCCACCUGCACCUCCACCACCACUACCUGCACCACCACCACCUGUAUCACCUGCACUACCUGCACCACCACUACCUGCACCACCAUCACCACCUGCACCACCUGCACCUCCACCACCACUACCUGCACCACCACCACCUGUACCACAGACUGCACCACCUGCACUAUCACCACCUGCACCACCACUACCUACACCACCUGCACUACCACCACCUGCACCACCACCUCCUGCACUACCUGCACCACCACCACCUGCACCACCACCGCCACUACCUGUAUCACCUGCACUACCUGCACCACCACUACCUGCACCACCAUCACCACCUGCACCUCCACCACCACUACCUGCACCACCACCUCCUGCACUACCUGCACCACCUGCACCUCCACCAACACUACCUGCACCACCACCACCUGUACCACCGACUGCACCACCUGCACUAUCACCACCUGCACCACCACUACCUACACCACCUGCACUAUCACCUGCACCACCACCUCCUGCACUACCUGCACCACCUGCACCUCCACCACCACUACCUGCACCACCACCACCUGUACCACCGACUGCACCACCUGCACUAUCACCACCUGCACCACCACUACCUACACCACCUGCACUACCACCACCUGCACUACCUGCACCACCUGCACCUCCACCACCACUACCUGCACCACCACCACCUGUACCACCGACUGCACCACCUGCACUAUCACCACCUGCACCACCACUACCUACACCACCUGCUCUACCACCACCUGCACCACCACCUCCUGCACUACCUGCACCACCUGCACCUCCACCACCACUACCUGCACCACCGACUGCACCACCUGCACUACCACUACCUACACCUCCUGCACUACCACCACCUGCACCACCACCUCCUGCACCACCUGCACCUCCACCACCACUACCUGCACCACCACCACCUGUACCACCGACUGCACCACCUGCACUAUCACCACCUGCACCACCACUACCUACACCACCUGCACUACCACCACCUGCACCACCACCUCCUGCACUACCUGCACCACCUGCACCUCCACCACCACUACCUGCACCACCACCACCUGUACCACCGACUGCACCACCUGCACUAUCACCACCUGCACCACCACUACCUACACCUCCAGCACUACCACCACCUGCACCACCACCUCCUGCACUACCUGCACCACCACCACCACUACCUGCACCACCACCACCUGUACCACCGACUGCACCACCUGCACUAUCACCACCUGCACCACCACUACCUACACCACCUGCACUACCACCACCUGCACUACUACCACCUGCACCACCACCACCUGUACCACCUGCACUACCUGCACCACCACUACCUGCACCACCAUCACCAUCUGCACCACCACCUCCUGCACUACCUGCACCUCCACCACCACUACCUGCACCACCACCACCUGUACCACCGACUGCACCACCUGCACUAUCACCACCUGCACCACCACUACCUACACCACCUGCACUACCACCACCUGCACCACCACCUCCUGCACUACCUGCACCACCUGCACCUCCACCACCACUACCUGCACCACCUGCACUACCACCACCUGCACUACUACCACCUGCACCACCACCACCUGUACCACCUGCACUACCUGCACCACCACUACCUGCACCACCAUCACCAUCUGCACCACCACCUCCUGCACUACCUGCACCUCCACCACCACUACCUGCACCACCACCACCUGUACCACCGACUGCACCACCUGCACUAUCACCACCUGCACCACCACUACCUACACCACCUGCACUACCACCACCUGCACCACCACCUCCUGCACUACCUGCACCACCUGCACCUCCACCACCACUACCUGCACCACCGACUGCACCACCUGCACUACCACUACCUACACCUCCUGCACUACCACCACCUGCACCACCACCUCCUGCACCACCUGCACCUCCACCACCACUACCUGCACCACCACCACCUGUACCACCGACUGCACCACCUGCACUAUCACCACCUGCACCACCACUACCUACACCUCCUGCACUACCACCACCUGCACCACCACCUCCUGCACUACCUGCACCACCUGCACCUCCACCACCACUACCUGCACCACCGACUGCACCACCUGCACUAUCACCACCUGCACCACCACUACCUACACCUCCAGCACUACCACCACCUGCACCACCACCUCCUGCACUACCUGCACCACCACCACCACCACUACCUGCACCACCACCACCUGUACCACCGACUGCACCACCUGCACUAUCACUACCUACACCACCUGCACUACCACCACCUGCACCACCACCACCACCACCUGCACCACCACUACCUGCACCACCAUCACCACCUGCACCACCACCUCCUGCACCACCACCACUACCACCUGCACUACCACCUGCACCACCACCUGCACUACCACCUGUACCACCACCUGCACCACCACUACCACCUGCACCACCACUACCACCUGCACCACCACCACCUUUCUCUACUCUGAGUGGACUCAUGUGA